GUGUGUGUAGGAGAGGAGUCGAGCAGAGAGAGCUGCUUUUGCAUGAAACGGGAGUGAAGUACUGAACUUAGAGGAGAGAAACGAACUAAAAUAUCGAUCAUAUACCACUACCAACGUUUGGAUCGAUAUCUGCAUCGAUCUGCCCACCCUUGUCUCCUGGAUCGUAGCUGAGAUCAGCGUGAACCACGUGGGUCUCUGCUCCCUGAUCUGUUUGCUGUGUUUGGAAAGAGUUCCAGCUUCAUCACGGAGUUUCUCUCGGUUUGUGGGCUCAUCUAAAGCUGAGUAACAGGAGGAGAAGAGUCUGGUGGAGCAGCAGAGGAACAAUUUCAGCCAUUUGGACUCAGCUCAGCCACUACAGAGGAAACAAUGACUUCAACACAAAAGCAGGACCAACAUGGAGCGAGAAGUCAGCGCUCUCAGAAACCUCACAGAAGAAAAGGAGAGAAAAGAUACAGCUGUGAGGAGUGUGGGAAGGAUUUUACCCAUGCCGGACACUUAAAAAGACACAAGCUCACCCACAGUGGAGUUAAAGCGUACAGCUGUGAGUUGUGUGGAAAGUCUUUUACCCAUGCUGGACACUUAAAAAGACACAAACUCACCCACAGUGGAGUUAAAGCGUACAGCUGUAAUGAGUGUGGGAAGUAUUUUUCCCAGGCUGGACACUUGAAAAGACACAAACUCACCCACAGUGGAGUUAAAGCGUACAGCUGUAAUGAGUGUGGGAAGGAUUUUACUAGGAAGUCUAGCCUGAAACAUCAUCAAUUCAUCCACACUCGGGAGAGACCGUUCAGCUGUGAGUUGUGUGGAAAGUCUUUUACCCAUGCUGGACACUUAAAAAGACACAAACUCACCCACAGUGGAGUUAAAGCGUACAGCUGUGACUUGUGUGGAAAGUCUUUUACUCAGGCUGGAACCUUAAAAAGACACAAACUCACCCACAGUGGAGUUAAAGCGUACAGCUGUGACAUUUGUGGAAAAACUUUCAGCCAGUUAGGGUACCGAAAUAUUCACCUACGCAUUCACACUGGACAUAAUGUUUACUGCUGUAAUCAGUGUGGCAAACUGUUUACAACAGAUGCACAGUUACAAAGCCACAUGCUUACCCACACUGAGGAGAGACCUUAUAAAUGUGACCUGUGUGAUAAGGCUUUUAAAGAGCCACGUUCCCUGAAAAAACACCAACAGAUCCACAGCAGAAAGAGACUCUACAAGUGCAGUUACUGUGAGAAGCAGAGCGACACAGAUGGAUCCACUUCUCAACCCUGUCGUCACUGUGGUGGUGGGAAAGUGUUUUGCUGUGACCUCUGUGGAAAAACCUUCAGUCAUCAAAAGAGCCUAAAACUACAUCAACGCAGACACACUGGAGACAAACUGAACUACUGCAAAGAAUGUGGGAAAGGCUUCCCCACACAAAGUCAAUUAAAAGAACAUGAACUCUGUCACAGUGGGGUUAAAAAGCAUGUCUGUGACCAGUGUGGGUCAUCCUUCACCACUGCAUGUCAUCUUAAAGUGCAUAAACGAGUCCACACAGGAGAGAAACCAUACAAGUGCAGACACUGUGACAAAAGUUUCUCAUUGUCAGGUAAUCGUAACAAUCAUGAACGUACACACAUUGAAGAGAGCUUCAGCUGUGACCAGUGUGACAAGAGCUUCAAGAAUCUCAGUUCAUACUCUGCACACAAACGAUCCCACGCUGUAAAUAAACUGUUUCACUGUUACCAAUGUGCAAAAACAUUCCCUUCAUUAUUUGCUCUGCACAAACAUCAGCGUGAUCAUGACAAUGGCUGAAAUCAUUCCUAUCAUCAUAAUGAAUCUGAAGAGACAGACAGUUCUGUUGCAUUGUCAGAAGUUUGAUGUGAAAGCUGCUGUAAUUUCUGCUGAAAUCCCUCAUCUGUUAUACAUCAGGUUUCUCCCAAUUUUUCUUGUUUUCUUUAAUGUUUCUUUGAAUUUUAAUGUUAGAAAAACUUUACCCUAACUACGUUAAAAUCUUUCCUCCACUUGGAAAAAGUGCUAUUUAGUUGUAGUAAUAGUAAUAGUAUGGUGGUGGUAGUAGUAGUAGUAGUAGUAGUAGUAGUAGUAGUAGUAGUAGUGUAAUUAAAGAAAUGCCUGACUUAUCUAUUAAUUGUCAAUGUAUCACAGACUUUGAAGCUGACAGUAGCUAAACCAUUACUGAAAAAGUCAUCCCAGGAUGACUCAACUUAAAAACUAAAAAUUCCCUGAAAAGCCUUCAGUUAAUCCAAAAUGCUGCAGCAAGAGUGCUCACAGGGACUAGAAAGAGAGAGCAGAUUUCUCCUGUAUUGGCUUCCCUUCAUUGGCUUCCUGUUAAAUCCAGAAUUCUUAAUGACCUUGUAGUACCAUAUCACCCUAUUAGAGCACUUCGCUCUCACACUGCAGGCUUACCUGUUGUUCCUAGAGUAUUUAAAAGUAGAAUGGGUCAGUUUUUGGGCCUCUAUUUUAAUUGCAGUCCAAAGAUGCUUUCUGUUAUUGUGGUCCUGUCACCUGCUGACUUGAGAUCUGUUACAUCUUUGUAUACAUUAAAAACAGACUCCAGACAUUUUUUUUUUCAUUGGUGGUGUUUAGUUUUAGUUUAG